GUGGCGUCGUCGGCGAACGGAUAUUGUUUAUGCUCGACAUUUUCUAAAUCUUUUGGAAUUAGAUAGCAGAUGUAAUUUUUAUCAUAAUAUCGCUUAUUUUGUUCAUAUUUAAUGUAAACUUGCGUGAAUUUGAAACACCUACUAAAACUGUACAAAGGAAAGUUGAAAAGUUGACGUUUGGACGUAAUGUGUAUGCCAAUAAGGCUAAAGUUUUUUUCGCGACCAUUAUAGCGGGAAAUCUACGUUGUGACGCGCACAAACCGUGAUUAUUCGUCGCGAGAACUGGCGAAGUGUCGUAACAGCCUGGUUAUGUGGCCAUAUAUAUUUUGACAGUGGACUCGUGAUAAAAAUUGUUUUAUUUGACAAUGUCGGAGGAAAUGGCGGUGUCUGAUAACACAACUGGGGACGAAGCUAAAGUAACCAACGAUGAGGCAACCGCGGCGGCCGCAGUCCCGGAGCCCGAAGCAGAGGCGGAGGAGGCGGUGACCGAGCCCACGGCUCCCGUCGCUGAAGAGCCACCAGCUUUGGCGGAAGAGGAGCCCGUACCAGAUCCAGCCCCAGACCCAGAUCCAGAAGAAAUCAAACCAAAGAUAGAAGAAGCUGAUGAAUCAACAGACGUUAAGAAAGAACCGGACUGUGAAGACAGUGAUGUACCAAUCGACCCCCCGGAGUACGACGUGGAUAUAAAGAAUGAGGACGAAGUGUUUGUUAAAGAUGAGAUUGAGACGUUUGAACAUAAUAUUGAAGAACAUUUAAGUAGAGGUAUUAAGAGGAGAGCCUCGUCUACGUUCAGUGAUGAUGGAGACGAAGAGUUUAAAGGUUUUGAUGAUGUCAAACUGGAAAUUAAGACGGAAGGCUACUUAACUGUCUUGGAGCGAUUGGAGGAAGAGGUGACAGCCGCCAGCAAAGACUUGGUGCCACUGAAAACAGUUCUGGCCACGCUCCACCCACCCGGAAGAGCAUCUAAGCGACUACGCAAAGACACAGAUGGAUCCAGGCCCUCCUCAGCUCUAUCUUCAAGGUCAGAUGGAGACGGAGCCACUGAUGCUAGUGCAGCAUCAUCACCAGCCCAGCGCGGAGGCCGCAGGGCCACCACGGAAAUGUCGUCUCCUCUCCUCAGGGUGCCUCUGGAGAGAGGCUGGAAGAGAGAACUGGUGUUCAGAGCGGCCCUGGACGCUCACUCCAGAAGAAAUGCUGAUAUUUAUUACUAUACACCCGCGGGGAAGAAGUUGAGGUCUACUAGAGAGGUAGCAGAACAUCUGGCCGGUACCGGGCUGACGGUGGAGAAUUUCUCCUUCUUCAAGGAGCCACUCGGGGUUGAUGAUCCUGAAAAGGAAAUUAUAAGAGACGCAAAAAUGAUCCGUCGCGUGGAGUCUCCGGUGGCGGCGCCGGCGCCCCUGGAGGGCAAGCGGACGCCCAAGCCCAAGCCGCCCAAGGGCGCCAGCCCCGAGCCUGCGUCACCAGCCCAGCAGGCCAAGUCGCCGCCCGCUAAACUCAAGGUGAAAUCAAUGGGUUCCCGUCUCAGCACGAACGCUGUCCCCGCCCCGUCAGCAGCAACACCGCCCCCCAAGCAACAGAAGAAGCCGCAACAACAGCAGCAGGCGACAACUCCGAGCAAUACUGACAACAACAACAGCGCUGCUUGGAAGAAACCCAGCGCCCCCCUCCCGCCCCCCGGCGCCACGGCCGCCCCACCCGGCGCCCCACCGGCCGCCCCGCCCGCCGCCCCACCCGCGCCCCGCGUGCCGCCGCCGCCGCCGCUGCUGGGCCGCCCCGCGUCGGCGCCGGCGCCCGUCCACGAGCCAGAUACGCACAGUUCGCCAAGCCGAGCUCUGCAGCCGUGCUCGAUGUCGUGCGGACGCGGCGCCGUGCCGUCGCUGUCAUGCGCCGCGUGUCUGUGUCUGUACCACCCCGCCUGCGCCGGCCUGCGGGCCGCGCCGCCGGACCCUUUCUUCUGUAAGAAUUGUCGCAAAUCAUCAUCACCGCCGCUAGAGCCGCCGCCUCUAACACACAAGUCAGGGGUCACGACAGCCAGUCUGCCGGUACCUGUGCCCGUACCUGUGCCUGUGAUGGCCCCUGUGCCCAGGCGCGUACCUGUGCCUGUCCCGGUACCUGUGCCGGGGAAGGUGCCGCGCGAUAAACGGGUGCUGCUUAGGAUGAAGGUAGCAGGCGGCACCCCAGACGGCGAGCGCGUAUGGGCCGUCGCAGGCGGCCCAGCCGGGGCCCCGCCAGCCGCACCCGGGCCCCCGGCCCCAGCCCCAGCCCCGGCACCCGUCCCGCCAGCCCCCAGCCGCGCUCGGGCACCACGCCCAGCCCUACCACAGGGCUUGGCCGUCCUCAACGGCCGUCGCUUCGUUGUCGUACCAAGGAAUAUGGUUCACGCCACACAUAAAAGCGAGGCUCGUCGUACCCGCGUGACGAACGGCGCGGCGCUGAGCGCGGCGGCGUCCCCGCGGCGCCGCGCGAGGCAGCGGCCCGACGACACCGACCACUUCACCGCCUUCUAUAAUAAGGCGCAGGAGAAUAACUAUAAUGUUGUUGUGCAGAUCUUCCAAUACUUAGGCAUGCGUGAGCUAGCGCAGUGUGCCCGCGUGUGUCGGCUGUGGAGGACGCUGGCCGCCACGCCCGCGCUCUGGAGGCAUGUCCGGAUGAAGAACUCACAUGUGAGCGACUGGGCCGGGCUGUGCGCGGCGCUGAAGCGUCACGGCACGAAGCGGCUCGACCUGCGCAAGAUGUUGCUGCCGCAGAACGACACGGUGUUCUGGGAGCAGUUCGCGCAGCACAUCUCCGUCGUCGACACGCUCGAGCGCAUCGAGAUGUGCCGCUGCCCCGCCCGCGCCGUCGAGGCCGUCUGCCGCGGCCUGCCCGGGCUACGCAGCCUCGCCGCCCUCGCCAUCCGCGACGCUGUACUCGACCCGGCCCCACUAGCAGCGCUGCCGCUGCUACACGAGCUGCGCCUCAAGUCCAUGGCGGGGCUGUCGCUGUCGCAGGACCUGCGGCACCUGGCGGCGCUGACGCAGCUGACGCACCUGUCGCUCACCAGCAUCAAGGAGCUGGGCUGGUGCGCGUGCGACGUCAUCGGCUCGCUGCCGGCGCUGGAGUCGCUGGAGCUGGGCGAGUGCACGUUCAGGGCCGGGUUCGCCUCCGUGCUGGCCCGGCUAGCGCGGCUGCGGCGCCUGCGCCUGGAGCGGGGCUCGGCGGCGGCGGCCGACGUGCUGCGGGCGCUGGCGCGGCUGCCGCUGCUGACGCGCCUGGAGCUCGUCAACAUCGACGUGAAGCCCGGCUUCGACGACGCGCUGGCCGAGUGCCGCAACGUGCAGCGCCUGCUCAUCAUCCCCACGUACGUGUCGCAGUCCGCCACCACCAACCGGCAGGUGCUGUCCGGGGUGCUGCGCCUGCGCGAGUCGCUGACGCACCUCAUGUGGGGCGUCACCAUCGAGCUGCUGCGCGUGACGGAGCUGUUCAUCGACCAGUGCGAGCAGGCGGGCGAGCCCAAGCGCCGCGACGUGGGCGAGUGCAUCCCCGUGCUGAAGCCCGUGCCCGGCUGCCGCCUGCCCGACGCCGCGGUGGCGGGCCCGCCGCAGGUGGAGAUCCUGCCGCUGCCCACGCUGCAGCGCCUGCUGUCGCAGCAGCUGCCCACCACCAAGCUCAAGCUGCUGCGCAUCCCCUUCCACGCCACCUGGCGCCAGUCGCUCGCUGACUUCCAGUAGUGAGCUCUACACUUCACCACACUAAAUCUCUAUAGUUCAUACGUUUUUCCACGACAAUUCUAUGAUAUUUUAAAUUGGAACGACAUAAAUGCCUCGGUGGGCACGCUGUGAAUAGUGCUUGUUCCUUAUGAACUCGCUAAUAUAUCACUCAUUGUAUGGAGUAUACGCCUGUUUGUUGUCGACAAAACGUGACCAUAUAUUGAAAUAUUGGUGAAAAAUUACAUCUGUACUACAAGUUCCAAAUAAUGUCGCCUAGUACAUCGAUACUAUAUAAAAUUAUGUAGUAUGUAUAUUUACCUGUUUUAAGGUUAUAUGCGAGCAAUAAAACUUAGCUAAAUAGUUGCAGUAUACAAACAUAAAUUAAAAUAUUUUGCUGAACAUUUUAGCAACCAGUAGCCCUUUUAACAUGCCUUAAAUAAAACAAUUUAUAUCACACAAAAUCAUAUUAAUUAUAGUGGAGAAAUUAAAUAACUGUAUUAAUAAUAUGUACAUAUAUUAUGUAGAAUGAGCGCUGAUCACGAGACAUAUUCAAUUUCAUACUUAUAUUAGUAUAUUAUAUUUUAUUAUAUAUCUAGUUUACAAGAGUUAUAGCUGGUUACGCGUUGACAGUUCGUCAAGUGCGAGUAGAUAAAACAAUGACGAUUAUCGUACUUUAGAGUACUCGGUAAUUUACCGUAACUGACCUAAAAGUUAACUGACAAGUUAAAAAUAACUAGACAUGGACAUAUAGUGACGUAAUAGAAAGUUUACCCGUCUAGAAUGGCUGUUAAACUUUUGAUGCAACAGUUCGUUUAAAAUUGAUUCUUUUUAACCAUCAUUUACUCAAAAACAUUGUGAGAAAAAAUGCAAAAGGAUUUAAAAUUUGAGGGUGUAUAUAAUCGCAAUAUACUUGAUUGAUUUUAUCUAGUUACGCAAACGUCUCUCAAAACCUGUAUGACACCGAAAAACUGGGAUUUUAACACCCAUGGGUAACACAUACAAUGAAUUUCGCAUAGCCAUGGGAAAUUUGCAUGUCUAAACACAAAAUACGUGCAGAGUAAAGGCGUAUUCAUCGCAUGCAUUGGUACAUACAUAGAUAUAUUUUUGUAACAACCAAAUCUUCCACAGACACCAAUAUUACAAUAAUUGUAAAUGAAGUACCAGAAUAUAUUACGAUUGAAGUUAUUAGUUUUAAUACGAACAUAGAAAUAUUAUAUAAAAAUGUUUUUAAUGUAAGACUUGUAAAUAUUUUCUAAGAUAAAUUAAUAAUCAGUGCCUAUAAAUUGAUUUGUAUGAUCAUACCAACAUCGGCGUGAUUAUGUUGAGCGUGUAUCUUUAUUUAAGACUAGAUUGCUUGCAUUUUUAACGUUAUUUAGUCCAAAUAAAACAACAUGGACGCAGUUUCGAAAUUAUUUUCCAAAUUGGCAACUUACAAUUUCAAAUUCAUCGCUGAUUGGCGAGGAAAAAAGACUGAAUCAGUAAUAAGUUUUAAAUUAAGAGUUUUAAGAAAUUAAAUUUAAAAAAUCUCAAUAAAAUUCAGUCUUAAUGCGUUAGAUAUGCAAGCAAUCUGCACGAGUUGGUUAGUAAGCGAAGUUACGCGUCAAGAGGCCAAAACGACAUGAAACUUCGUUUGUUAGCUGACAAAAGCUGUUUAUUUCUGAACCUGACAUGCGAUUUGUUGGGUUGCCAAGUAAAAAAUACGUGUAACAUCCAAUUUUGAUGUAUACUCGUAUAAAAACUGGCGCAUCCCCAUUUCGCAGUGAUUCAGAUGUAGACAGACGUUUUCUUUAUACAUAUAAUUAGUAGUAAAAUUAUGUGGCAAUGUUUGAAUAUUAUUAUUUUUUUAGACUUGUAUAUGCGAAGUACAAGCUUGUGAAUGUAGGGGGCGCCUCAGAUCGGACUAACAUUCUGUAGUUGUAUGAAGAUUUCAAUAAAAUACUCCAGUUUCGUUAAAUUUGGUUGUUUACCAAAAUUUUAAUCUUAUUAUACGACGGUACGAGUUCACCGACACAACAAACGCCCGUUUUUAUUAAAACGGCGGUUUACUUUGAUAUUUUAACGUAAAAAGUCAUACUUAACAGUACAAAGUUCGGUUGAUGGCGCUAUAGUAAGGGGUCGUCGUGUGGGCUAUGAGAAAAACUAUUUUUAUUAUUAUUUGCGGGAUUCAUAAUAUAUUUUACUUCAUCUUUAUCAUAACGCUGAGAAUGUAACCAAAUUCACGAUCUCAGAGAAUAAUCAUUUGAUUUAAACUAUUGGACGGUUUCUAAAAGUGCUUUCUACUGAAGUGAAUUAAAAGUCCUUGUUGCCGAGCUGUACUUUUGUUUCCAAUGAAAUGUAAAUACUUUUAAAAACCGAACUUUUUACCUAAUAAAGAUUCUUCUAACAUAAUAUCUUUGUUUUAAAAUUGUUAGUUGUCGGCUUCGGAGCAUUAACUUAAAAUAUUUUUACCCUUUACUUUUGUAAAUUAAUUUUAUUCUAUAAUUGUAGUAUCGACUACCAGUCUAACAUAUCUUAUUUAACUAUCUGUUAGGAUGUAUGGCUGAUGUUGAUUAUUAUUAAGUAUAUUUUAUCGCAAGAUAUCUUUGGUGUUUCUACAAAAAAGUUAAACAGAUGUUUGAAAAUUCGCAUGUCUUAGGCCCAAGUUCGCCGAAAAUGUAAACAGUUUAUAAAACUACUGUUUACUUUAAAAAUUGAACGCGAAAAUUUAUAAUUAACUGUUGUUUUAAGAAAAUUGACGUUUAUGUUGUCAGCGAACUUAAAACCAUCUGUUUUACUUUUUCGUAGUAACACCGCUUAUUUCUAAAACCUUACUCUUAAUAUAUUUUCGUGCACUCGCUUCGGAGCCUUUAAUACUGAGGUAAUAUUUGCAUGACUGGUGUUAAAGCAUAGCUUUUUAAUAUAAUUUAGACAUGAUAUGUCUAUUGUUUAUAAUCUCUGAAGUUUCUUGUAUUGUAGUUUAUAUUUUGGCGGGACCGCCCUCCUCGUGGCGUUUGAGUUUAUGUAAAAAUGUAAAUGACUUGCUUAUUACAAUAUGUUGUUGUGGGAAUGUCGACUUGAUAUUGUCUGUUAUUUUAUAUUUGGGCAGAAAAUUACUAAGACAGUUUUUAUCAUACGGCCCCAUGUACUAUAGACCGAGACUUUUUGAAAAUUCUGUACCUAAUAACAGAUUGAUUCACUUAUUCAAAAACUGCUAAAACAAAAAAUAUUCUUAAGUUAUUUUUUAUACAGGCACAUGUUGAGCUAUUGAAUAAUAAUAAUAAACAAUGUCAAGUUGGCAUUCCCGCCGAGUUUGUUGGUGGGUGGUGACGCAGGAUCUACUGUAUAAUUAGGUUAUAUAGGUUUAAAGACAACUUUGCGUAAGCAAGGGCGACUUGUGAAUAAAUGGUUGCCGACAA